AUGCCAUCUGUCUCUAAUACAUCAGGCUAAAGCGGCUCUGACCAGCAGGGGGAGCCGGAGGGCGAGAGAUGGGGAACACCGCAACCAAAUUUCGCAAGGCGUUGAUCAGUGGAGACGAGGCCCUGGCUUACCAGCUUUACGAGGGCAACCCCCAGUUUAAAGAGUCUCUGGACCCCAACACUUCCUAUGGGGAGCCCUACCAACACAACACGGCACUGCACUAUGCUGCCCGUCACGCAAUGACGCGCCUACUCAGGUCUUUCCUCUUCAGUAAAGACGGGAACCCCAACAAGCGUAACGUGCACAACGAGACGGCCCUGCACCUGCUCUGCAUGAGCCCCCAGAUCCUGCUGUCGGAGACGGCCCUGCAGCCCCGACUGGCCCGACCUGCCGAGGACGAACGCAAACGGGCCGAAUGCCUUCAGAUGAUCCUGAAGUGGAAGGGCGCCAAACUGGACCGCGGAGAAUACGAGAGCGCCAACGUAAACGCCGCAGACAACAGGAAGAACAGCCCCCUGCACUACGCGGCCGCGUCAGGGAUGAGGACCUGCGUGGAGUUUCUGGUGAAGCGGAGCGGUGACCUGUUUGCUGAGAACGAGAAUAAGGACACGCCCUGUGACUGCGCUGAGAAGCAUCAGCACAGAGACCUGGCUCUGAGUCUGGAGUCUCAGAUGGUCUUCUCCAGACACCCCGACGCCCAUGACAUCGAGGCUGAGUACGCUGCCCUGGACCGCCGAGAGCUGUAUGAGGGUUUGCGGCCUCAGGAUCUGCGACGGCUGAAGGAUAUGCUGAUUGUGGAGACGGCUGAUAUGCUGCAGGCUCCGCUCUUCACUGCUGAAGCUCUUCUCAGGGCUCACGACUGGGACAGGGAGAAACUUCUGGAAGCAUGGAUGUCCAACGCCGCGGACUGCUGUCAGCGGUCGGGGGUGCAGAUGCCCACUCCUCCACCGAGCGGCUACAACGCCUGGGACACGUUGCCGUCUCCGCGGACGCCGCGAACCACCCGUUCCUCCCUCACCUCGCCCGAUGAGAUUAACCUGACGCCAGCUGACGAAGACCACAGCCUGUGUGGCAUCUGUAUGUGCCCAGUCUCCGUCUUCGAGGAGGCCGUCGACAUGCCCUGCGGGCACGAGUUCUGCAGAGUGUGCUGGGAAAGUUUUUUGAAUAUGAAGAUACAGGAGGGAGAGGCCCAUAACAUUUUCUGCCCGGCGUUUGACUGCUUCCAGCUGGUGCCUGUAGAGGUCAUAGAGAGUGUCGUUUCCAGGGAAAUGGACAAGCGUUACCUGCAGUUUGACAUUAAGGCCUUUGUGGAGAAUAAUCCUGCCAUCCGUUGGUGCCCGCGGGCAGGCUGUGAGAGAGCUGUCCGUUUAGCCCGACAGGGCCCCGGUGCCAGUGCCGCCGACCCGCUCGCUUUCCCUCUGCUCCAGGCGCCCGCUGUGGACUGUGGCAAAGGACACCUGUUCUGUUGGGAGUGCCAAGGUGAGGCUCACGAGCCCUGUGACUGUCAGACCUGGAGGAUGUGGCUUCACAAAGUCACUGAGAUGAAACCUGAGGAGUUGGCUGGUGUGAGUGAGGCAUAUGAGGACGCUGCAAACUGCCUUUGGUUACUGACUAACUCAAAACCUUGUGCCAACUGCAAGUCACCCAUUCAGAAAAACGAGGGAUGCAACCACAUGCAAUGUGCCAAGUGUAAGUAUGAUUUUUGCUGGAUCUGUCUGGAGGAAUGGAAAAAACACAGCUCGUCUACUGGAGGUUACUACCGCUGCACCCGCUACGAGGUCAUCCAGCAGGUCGAGGAGCAGUCGAAAGAGAUGACGGUAGAGGCUGAGAAGAAACACAAGAGCUUUCAGGAGCUCGACCGAUUUAUGCACUACUACACUCGCUUCAAAAACCAUGAGCACAGCCACCAGCUGGAGCAACGGCUCCUCAAAACAGCCAAAGACAAGAUGGACCAGCUGAGCAAAGUCCUCUGUGAGAGAGAAGGCAUGGCUCCUGACACCACGUUCAUUGAAGACGCUGUGCAUGAGCUUCUGAAAACUCGUCACAUCCUCAAGUGCUCUUAUCCCUACGGCUUCUUCCUGGAGCCCAAAAGCACAAAAAAGGAAAUCUUCGAACUGAUGCAGACGGACCUGGAGAUGGUGACGGAGGAUUUGGCUCAGAAGGUGAAUCGGCCGUACCUGCGGACCCCUCGUCAUAAGAUCAUCAGAGCGGCCUGUCUGGUCCAGCAGAAGAGACAGGAGUUCCUGGCCUCCAUCGCCCGGGGCGUGGCGCCCAACGACUCGCCCGAAGCCCCGCGACGCAGUUUUGCAGGUGGAACCUGGGACUGGGAGUACCUGGGCUUCUCCUCUCCAGAGGUGAGUCAAAGCAGAGAUGCCACGCGACACUCUACUCGUCUGUCUGUCCAGGAGUAUGCUGAGUUCCAGUACAGACGCAGACAGCGUCAGCGCAGGCGUGGAGAGUUCUCGGGCAUGCGUAGCAACACCCCUGACCCUGAUGAAGCCAGUCAGAGCACUUUAGACACACCUGAGGUUGGUGGUCCCAGGCAAGGAAUGCCAAUGCCAAUCAGCUCGAUGGAUGAGGAUGAUCCCAACAUCCUAUUGGCCAUCCAGUUGUCUCUGCAGGAGUCUGGGUUGGCUGCAGGUGACGACAGUCAGGAGCUCCUGGCCAAUGAGACGUCUCUGGGAGCCAUCGGUACGUCAUUGCCGUCCAGGCUGGACCCGGUGCGGCGUGGCUGGGAAAGCGUGCCGCGCGCUGCCCUAAGCAGCUCUGAACUGCUGGAGGUUGAUGACAGCCUGGUAAAACUAGGCAACAUUAGCGGUAAGAAUGUCCCCCCGCGUUUCGACAAUCUUUACAACCCCCCCAGUCAGCCCGUCGGCGGCCGCCACACCCCUCCCAUUGGGCGCUCAGACGCCGCGGGGUACGAUUCGGCCGACAGCGCCAAUCUCUUGGGUAACAUCAUGGCCUGGUUCCAUGACAUGAACCCUCAAACCAUGAAUCUGGUGCCCUCUGCUGGCAGUGCCUCUGACUCACACCUCAGCUCUCAGUCGCUGCCAAAGGCCCCCGAGAAACCCUCUGAGCUGUCCGUGCAGCAGUGGCCACCAGGGGGCGAUAGUCCUUACGAUUGUAGCUCCGUGGAAGAGCGGGAGGCCACCAGACCCACUCAACUUGACCUGGUGGGUUUGGAUGCGUCACGUCCCCUGGCUGAGGUAGGGGAAACCCCCAGUGAAGCUAACCCCAACACUCCCAAACGUGACUCGGAUCCCGACCACCCGAGCAGCAGCUCGUCCGAGUGGGAGGGUCCGGUACACCUGGUAUGAAACAGCACCCAUGCUACCUUCCAGUCGACCAGCCAGAACCACUCACAACAGCGAGGAGGCGUUUUCAGGGCGAAACCCUGGGACGCAGAUGGCCAACCUAUCGAUAGGAGUCCAUGUGUGUGUAGUCAGGCAGGUAGACAAACCUCAGUCUGUCAGUUUGGUUGUUUGUCAAGCUCUGGGCCCGUACUGAAGUGAUGAGAGGGUGUUCUGUGUCCUUUCGCCUGAUGUUUAAGCAGAUGAUUUGGAGUGAGAUGCAGAAUCACACUCCUGGAGUAUGAGACCUUUAAACAGCUCUCUCGUUACCAGCCCUAAUCAGAUGAGAGGAAGAGGUAAUCAGCGUACUCAGACUUUGUGUAGGUUUCCACUGUCCGUUUGGAUGGGGUUCUGCUGGACAGACUGAUCCAUGUAGGUCCCAGUGAAACCCAGUCCUGUAUGGGGAGUGUUACUGUAGGUGCCAAACACUGACUAGCACACAUUGUGUCUACCCUCACAGGGCUAUAUGCUCAUUGUGCCUGCUGCUAAA